CCACAAACCACGACCCAACUUCAAUACUCUCAUUCAACAACGGUCACGCAAAUGCAACGCAAUAAAUAAAAACAAAACCCAUGAGACUCAUUCUAAAAACUUCCCUUCUCGCAAUUCCCAGACUCACCCCAAGUUCCUUCCCAUUCACACCAACUGUUACUCUUCCACUUCACUUUCGCCGUCCCGCCAAAACCCUACUGACAACCAUUACGCCGUCGUUUCACAACUCUACAUGCGCACCAAUGUCGACUCACCAAGUUCGCGACACAAUCGACCUCACCACCGUCGAGAAGAACAUCUUUAACCGACUUCUCGCCACUCUCACCCAUUUCCAACUCCAAACUCAACUCCGAGUCGCCGGCGGCUGGGUUCGCGACAAGCUUUUGGGAAAAGAUUGCUAUGACAUUGAUAUUGCGCUUGAUGAUAUGAUGGGUACUGAGUUUGUGGAUAAGGUUAGGGAGUACUUGCUGACCAUUGGGGAAGACGCGCAGGGUGUUUGUGUUAUUGAGAGCAACCCUGACCAGUCCAAACAUUUGGAAACAGCCAGGAUGCGAUUGUUUGAUAUGUGGAUUGAUUUUGUCAACCUAAGGAGUGAAGAAUAUGCUGAGAAUAGCCGCAUUCCUUCUAAGCAAACGUUUGGCACAGCUGAAGAGGAUGCAUAUAGGAGGGAUUUAACAAUUAACAGCUUAUUCUAUAAUAUCAACACUGACGUAGUUGAAGAUUUCACUAAAAGAGGAAUUUCGGACCUUAAGUCUGGAAAGAUAGUAACCCCUUUACCUCCAAAAGCCACCUUUCUUGAUGAUCCAUUACGAGUUCUUCGAGCCAUUCGAUUUGGUGCUAGAUUUGAUUUUGCUCUAGAUGAAGAUCUGAAAGAAGCUGCAGCAUGUGAUGACGUGAAAAAUGCUCUAGCUGCUAAAAUUAGCAGAGAGCGCAUUGGGACUGAGGUUGAUCUAAUGAUAUCUGGAAAUCAUCCUGUCAAAGCAAUGACUUAUAUUUGUGAGCUGACACUAUUCUGGACUGUCUUUACUCUUCCUGCUGAGUAUGAACCUGUCAUUUCAGAUGGAUGUGAAAGGCUUUGCAUUUCUUACAUGGAUAAUGCAUCAAACCUUAUCCAUUUACUUGGAGACUCAACCUUUACAGCUGAACAAAGAAGGCUCACACUUUACACUGCUUUAUUUCUACCACUCAGAAAAACCACUUAUAGUGAAAAGAAGGCUAAGAAGAUUCCUGUUGUCAAUCGUAUCAUUCGUGAAUCCCUCAAGCGAAAAGCUAAGGAUGCAGAAACGGUGCUUGACUUGCACCGAUCAUCAUAUAAAUUCUUGUCGUUGAUUCCUUAUCUUGCAUCUGGUGAGGAUAUUCAAGCUGCUGAUCUUGAUUGGAUGAGAGACUUGAUUGAUGUCCCUGCCUCUUCAAGAGCCCGGGUAAUAACAGGGUUUCUCUUGAGAGAUCUUAAAGAUUUUUGGCGAGUUGCACUGUUGAUAUCCAUUUUAUUACAUCCCAUUGACAUUAGUGACUCUGAGGAUGAGCACUCGCAGUUGGAAAAGCGAAGAGAUCUAUUUAAUGCCGUGGAAAAUUCUAUAACCAAAUUAGGCCUUGAGAAAGUAUGGGACGUAAAGCCAUUGAUCAACGGCAAAGAUAUUAUGAAUGUUCUACAACUUAAAGGAGGACCGCAAGUUAAGGAGUGGCUGGAUAAAACAAUGGCUUGGCAACUUGCCUAUCCAUCUGGAAAUGCAGAAGAGUGCAUUGAAUGGUUGAGAGAAGCCAAUUCUAAGCGAGUAAAGUUGGAGUGAGGUUCCUCCUUGGCAGUUGAUCAAUUUCCACCAUGCCAUGGAUUGAAGAAUUUUUGUCUGACCGCGGUGUGAUUUUAUUAGGAAUACUUGCACAAAUCAUGGCUGGAAAUUGCAACACUCCCAACUUUAGACAGGAGUGAAUUUGCAUCUUGGCAAAAGCAUAAUUUAUUCACAUUUCAAUGCUUAUUACAGAAGAAAGGAUUAGAGUAGAUAUCACUGACCUAUUUUUUUAUAACGAGAUGUUUUGUAUUUAUUUACCCAUGUUUCUUUUUUAAAAAGGAAAUAGGUAAGUAUAAUGCUCUUUUAAUUUCGCUAAACGAUUGACCAUUGUCCAUAACUUAUACUUGGAACUUGAAGACCUAUUUCUAAUCUGGAUUUAGGAAUCUAUUAGCCAUUUGUAUGUUUAUAUUCCAUCUGAUCUGACCUUAUUCAUAAGAAAAAUUUGGGCAUUACUUUUUCCAUCUUUAGUGGUGCUCUCGCAUUUUUGUGAAAAAUUCAAAAUGUUUUUGAAAUAUGGAAUUACAUUUCCCACGCACCAAAACUUUAGGAAAAUAUAGAAGUGUAUUUCCAAAAUACUACAUGUGCUAACUAGAAACAAAAACCGAAAUAGAUG